CAGGGUCCCGCGGUUUCGACCAAAUUAUCGAGUAGCAUGGUCGCCAUGGAAUAUGCCAAUGCCGAUCCUGCCUUCAUCACCAAGACUGCAGCACUUUCAGUAACACAUCCCCUGGUACGCACUAUGAAGGGAGACGGAAACUGUGGCUGGAGAGCGGUCGCUUUCGGAUAUUUUGAGAGCAUUCUCAAACUACAGAAUCUGGUGCUCGCGCACGACGAGCUGAACCGGAUCAAAUCGCUCAAUGUGCUCCUGGAUCGAACAGGCCAACAGGAACAUCUGUACGAAAUCUUCGUCGACGCCACGGAAGGUGUCUUCCAUCAGAUCAUUGAAGCGAUCCAGAAUGGCAUCAUUGACGACACGUUUCUGGUCGAGGCCUUUAAUGAGGAAUACAAUGCCAGCGCCAUCAUCACUCAUUUCCGACUUCUCACGAGCGCAUGGAUGAAAUUGAACGCCCUACGCUACCAAGCUUUCCUGUCGCUGCCGGUGGAUCAGUACUGUGCGACACGAAUCGACACGGUGAAAACUGAGAUUGAUGAAGUCGGCCUGCAAGCGUUGGUGGAUGGGGUGAUUGAGGCAUCCGGAUUUGCGGUGGAGAUCCUCUAUCUAGACCGCAGCGAAGGGGAUGUCGUCACGCCCCACCUUCUCACCCCAAACCGGGUGACAGCAGCCACGAUCUGCUUGCUGUACCGCCCGGGCCACUACGACCUUCUCUACGCGGUCGAACCUACUGUGAAUAUGGAACCCGUGGUCAAUUAUCAAUACGCAAUGACUUCUAACUACUCCCCCUGGGAUCAAGGUGCACUCUCGUUCGACGUCAACUCCAGCUUGAUGUCGAUCCCUAAUCUGAUGAUGGACCCGUCAUUUGCGCUUGCGCCGUCGCCCAUGCCUUCGGCUUCACCCAGUCCAUUCCGUGUCUCGCCGCCCCAUGAAGUGUAUGCGCCACCCAUUAUGCACACCUCACCACCCCCUCCUCCGAUUUCGCUGGCAUCGCCCCCGCCCCCUCGGAUGUCAGCCCCACCAGCUCCGUUGUCAUCGUUGCCUCGCAAGUCGGAUGGCCCUCAGAUCCGGCUGAAUCCGCUGGUGAUGAAACCGAACUUGAGUCAUUCGCUGCCUGUGACGACUCCGUUCAAAAAUUCUCCGUACAAUCAAGCGCAUUUCCAGAACCAGGAUUUUGAGCCUAUCCAUUGGGAGCCCUCCGACCAUCGGAAGUAGGGUCGCGUGAGAUUCUCCCUCGCCUGUUAUUCUACUCGACUACGAUCGUUAACGACUGAACAUAUGUUCUUUUUCCUUCUACUACACAUUCAAUACACUGCUAGGCUUAUUUCGGGUAAUGGACUGGGUGUUUUUGUUUUUGCGUUUGCUUUCUUGUGUUAAUCCGUUCGGAUCAGUUUCAUUCUUGCAGGAAUCCCUUUCGAUCAAUUCUAGCAUUGGUGAAGUCAGGGGGUAAGUGAUUUGUUGUGUGUGUGUGUGUGUGUGUGUGUGUACCAAGUACUAGUGAGAUUCUCUUUCGGUAGGAUGUGCUUUAGCGUCUGCGGUCUGUGGUUGUUGCAUGGAGGCGAAGCGCGGUGCAGUUGACUCACGAAAAAAAAUCAAAAGAAAUGAACUAAUCGUCGAGA